AUGUCGGACGAAAAACCUAUCGAACAAACGCCAGUCCCACUGGAGAAGGUCGAAGAAGCCGUCGAAGCUCCUGCAGCUGAAAAGCCUACAGAAACACCCGCGGACGCUGCUUUCAAAGCCGCGGAAGCCACCGACGCCGCGCCCAAAGCUGACGAGCCUGCUCAAGAUGCUCCAGCUCCGGAGCAGGAAUCUGUUCAAGAGGCUGCCCCUGCUGCGACCGCUGCUGCCCCCGAGGCUGAAGCAGCCAAGCCUGAGGAGCAGAAGCCCGAAAAACCGGCGUACCUGACCAACAUUCCUUCGCUGAGUCAGUUCUUUGACGACCUGCCCAAAAUUCUCAGCAGUACCGGACAUGGUGAGAUGUGGGGUGUGCCUCUCAAGGACAGCGACGAUAUCCCCACCGUCAAUGUCCUGAUAAAAUUCUUGCGCGCGAAUGAGGGCAAUUUGCAGGCAGCCAAGGACCAGCUCCGCAAGGCUCUGGAGUGGCGUAAACAGACCGACCCGCUCGGGCUGGUUGAGUCAGGUCGCUACAGUACCACCAAGUACGGUGGUCUGGGAUACUUGACCACCUACGAGCAGGAUGGUCGACCACUGGUGUUUACCUGGAACAUCUACGGAGCUGUCAAGGAUGUCAAUGCUACCUUUGCGGAUUCUGAUGAAUUUGUCAAGUGGCGCGCUGCCCUUAUGGAACUCGCCGUUCAGGACCUCAAGAUGAAAGAUGCUAUUACUGUGAUUGAUUAUGACGGCGAGAAGGACCCCUAUCAAAUGAUCCAGGUGCACGACUACCUGAAUGUCAAGUUCUUCCGGAUGGACCCCAGUGUUAGGGCGGCCACCAAGAAGACCAUCGACGUUUUUUCCACCGCCUACCCUGAGCUACUUCGCGAGAAGUUCUUCGUCAACGUCCCUGCUAUCAUGGGCUGGAUGUUUUCCGCCAUGAAGCUUGUCUUGAGCCGCAACACCACACGCAAGUUCCAUCCUAUCACCAAUGGUGCUAAUCUGGCUCGCGAGUUCCCUGCUUCCGUGUCUGAGAAGAUCCCGACGACCUACGGUGGAAAGGGGCCGGAGCUGAAGGAGGAGGCUCGGACUGUUCAGUUGAUUGAGGAUAAGGAAGAAAAGAAGAACGAGCCUAAGCCUGCUGAGGCCACUGCUGAAGUUCCCCCAGAAGUUCCCCCGAAGACCGAGGAACCCGCCGUGACGGAGCCCGCGAAGGAAGAGCCUGCGAAGGAAGAGCCUGCGAAGGAAGAGCCUGCGAAGGCUGAGGCCGUCAAGGAGGAAUCUGCAGAGGAGCCCAAGGUUACGACUGAGAGCACCCCUGCGGAAGCCAAGUAA